AUGGACAUCACUCGGGUACUCAGCGAGGAGUUGUCAGCUGAUUGGGACCUCACUAACAGCAGAAAUGAAUCACCUAGGGAGCUCAAGGCGUUGAGAGAUAAGAUGCUCCGUCUGGUUUGGAUAUCAAUGGUCACCGCCCCUCCGGAGAGGUCGGGACAGAUUCCACCAGUUUUAGAAGUCUAUAUGAGGAUUACUGAUGCAGAGGCAACGCAGAUCAUCAGCGAGAACCGAUAUGUUGUGGAAUAUUCCACGAAGAAGUAA